UGUGAAGUACAACAAAUUGAACGGUUCUGAUUUAUGAUCCGGAAAGGUCAAUGCUGCUGCAAAGUAUUGGAACAUUUUUUUUAUCUAAGUUAAGUAGAGCUUACUUAAGCUGAAACAAAACCCUAAAUACUAUAUAUCAACGAAAAAUAAAAGGGCUCUGGUUAUCUAUUACUUAUAUAUCGUUUCGCAUUCUCACUAGAAGCCAUUUGUUUCUAUUACUUUCUCUUAUUGCAUGGACUGAGAGAGAUUAGAUCGUGCUUUUUUCUCUCAUAUUUCUCUUUCCUGAAAGCAUCAAUAACACUGGUUUGAAUAUCUAUAUAGCAAAGAUGUCUCGGAGUUGUUCACAGUGCGGUAACAACGGCCACAACUCACGCACCUGCUCGGAGGCGGUUGGUGGUGGUGGAAGCAGUGGUGCUGGCAGCGGGGAGAAUAAUCAGAAUGGAAUCAUGUUGUUUGGUGUACGGGUCGCUGAGGGCGCCUCCUUCAGGAAAAGUGUUAGCAUGAACAAUCUUUCUCAAUUUGAUCAGCCUCAAGAUUCAAACGCGGAUGCUGGUUAUGUCUCCGACGACGUCGUUCACGCCUCCGGCAGGAGCCGUGAGCGCAAGAGAGGUGUUCCUUGGACGGAGGAAGAGCACCGACUAUUCUUGUUAGGUCUACAGAAAGUUGGAAAAGGAGAUUGGAGAGGAAUUUCCAGGAACUUUGUGAAGACACGUACACCUACUCAAGUUGCUAGCCAUGCGCAGAAGUAUUUCCUCCGCCGUUUUAAUCAGAAUAGGAGGCGCCGUAGAUCUAGUCUUUUUGACAUCACAACUGACUCGUUCAUGUGUACAUCAAUGGAAGAAGAUCAAGCUCAUCAAGAAACGGUAACAGUUCCACAGCCUGCACAACAACUGGGAGGAUUUCCUGUGUCAACAUAUCCAGUAGUGUUGCCGGUAAGCGGAGAAAACUCCAUGGAGAAUCUAACUUUAGGUCCAAGCAGCAGCCAACAGAGAACAUUAACAAAGCCCACCCGUCCAAUACCGAUACUUCCGGUGCCUCCAUCUUCAAAAAUGGCUAAUCUGAACUUGAACCAGAAAGCUACGCAAACCCAAAUAGAGCCUUUGCCUCUGUCACUGAAACUCUCAGCACCAUCAUCAUCUUCUUCCGAUGAGAAGUCGGCUCCGACGACAACAAAGACAUCACACUCGUCCGCUUUUCAGGCCAUGUCAAGUGGUGAUAGCAUUAUCAGUGUUGCUUGAAGAAUAUAUGAUUAAUUAAAUUACUUUUAGGUGAUGUAAAGGGGAAAUUAAAAGACUAGGUAAUUAAAUUAUUAAUUAGGUGAUUAGGUGAUUCCUUGUUUGUACAGGUUAGAGAGAGACAGAGAUGGGCUGUCAUUUUCGUUGUGGGGGAUUCUUGCUUGGUUUGUCUAGUUUCUUUUGUUGUGAAAUGAUAGAGAACCAGGUACUCUGCGUCGCUGUAUUUGGUUUUGUUGGUCUAUGAAAACUUCAACAACUUAGAAAAAUAUCUCUAAUUCCUUAUUCUAUUUAUGUGAUGCCUAUUUUUGUGUUAAUUUUAAUUACAAGAUUAUUAUUCGUCUCAACUUGGAA